AUACUUUAUAAAGGAAGCGAAAUAUUUUCAGACAAUGGUAGUAAGUAGUAGUAUGUUGAGUAUUAAAUGUUUGAACAGUGCAACGUUUCAUACAUAGCCCAGCAAAUGAUCUUGUCCGGCUGUCAGAAUCAAACGCACCCUUAAAACGCCGUCGUUUCACCCAUAUUUUCGUUCACAUCCACUUCUUUAGCCCUGACUGAAGUGAAAAAGAAAAGAAGAAGAAGAGCUCAGCUAAUCAAAGUCAAAGAAAGCAAAGUAAUAAGCUUUUUCCCUCCCAGACUGAAAGAGAGAGAGAGAGAGAAAGCACUUUCCUUUUCAUCUCCAGUCUUCAAAAGUACUUAUUCUAGGAUUUGCAAACAGAGUAUCGCAGGAUUGGGAAUAUUAGUGUUUUGAAAUUCACGAGCUUAUAGAAUGGGAAUACUCUUACAUGUUAUAUGAAAAUUGAUUUAUGCACGCACAAUAUGGUUAAGGAACCGAAGCUUGUUAGUCAUUCCUUAUUGUUGUUGUCAUUAUCAGUUAGUGUACUGUGAUUUAUAUUGGACAUGAGAUUCUGCUGGAUGCUAAGACAACAUGCCAUUUCAUGCAGUAUUGGCACGCUUAGUGGAUUUAUAUCAAUUGAAGAGUUGGGUGGAUGCUAUAUGAAUAUCGAGUAACAAAUUUCUGAGCAUGGAUAAAGUUUCUUCUGACUGUCCAUACCCGGGAUGCUUCUUUUGUGUCAUGAAGGAAGGUAAUCCGAGCAAACGUAGAGCAAGCAUCUUGAAAUUUUUUAGGGACCUCCCUGCGCAGGAUGAUGAUGGUCAGGUUCUCCCUAUCAGUGGCCUUUGGAAUACUGCCAUGGCACAUCCAAAUGAUCCUGAGUUCAUUGAGUUGGGGAUAUUUGAAUGCAUGGCUGCACUUAUAUGGAAAGGUCUAAAGAAUCGUCGCUGGCUUUCACAUGACCAGAAUAUAUACAUUCCUUACUAUGCAGCACAUAUCAUUGGAUCCUAUACCAUGAACAUGGAAGAAUUCGCUGAAAACUCUGUGCACGCAGGGGUUAUUCCUCCCUUGGUUGAACUUUUGAGGGGAAGGUUAACUUGGGUUGAGCAGAGAGUAGCUGUUCGAGCUUUAGGACACUUGGCAACUUAUGGCAGCACCUUUUCUGCUGUAGCUAGUCAUGGUGAAAUUCUUGAACUUUCGAUUCAACUAGCAACGAGUUCACUGGAAAUAGUAUACUCACAUUUCUACCAAUAUGUUGAUAGAAGGUUAAGCUAUCACUGUGAUUUGCUCACACGCGGCAUGGGUGGGGUCGAAAUGGAAUCCAGGAAGGCAGAGGAGUGGGCAAGCCAGUUGCAGUGCUGGUCGCUGCAGCUCAUCAACUGUUUUGCUUUCAAACCAGAGUUUCUUCCUACCAUUUGCAAGCCUGAAUUCUUGAUAAAGCUACCUGGCAUGUGGGGUGGACUUGUUAAUGAGAAUUCACCAGCUGGUAUAGGUUUACUAAGAACAAUUUGUCAUCAUAAGCUGGGGAGAGGACCUGUUGCCAGCUGUCCGGGUAUGAUUGAAGCGUUAUGUAACAUUGCUCGGUCGUCAGAUGAUUGGCAAUACAUGGCUAUUGAUUGUCUUCUUUGGUUGCUUCAAGAUCCAAAUACAUGUCAUAAGGUGAUUGAUAAGGCAGUACCGACACUUGUAGACCUUGCUGAAAUCACAACACUAGGUGAUCACAAGAAACUUGGAGACUCCAUUGUUAAUGUUCUUCAGGAAUGUAUUCAGUCAUCAGGGACAGGUCGUAACUCUCUAAGCAGUCGCACUAAAGAAAUUAUUGAAGAACUAUUAAGUUCCAGACAGAGAUUGAAGUGGGAAAAGACUAUGCCCAAAGAGGAUCUCCAUAUUAAACAAGCGGCUGCACUAGUAGUCAAGCUUGAAGGAAAUUCUAUGUUCUCCUCGGGAAACAUAGCUGGAGCUGCAUCAAAGUAUUCGGAAGCACUGUCAUUGUGUCCUGUGAGAUCCAAAAAGGAGAGAGUUGUUCUUUACAGUAACCGUGCUCAGUGUUAUCUACUGUUACAACAACCGGUUGCUGCCAUAAGUGAUGCUACACGUGCACUAUGUCUUCACAACCCUCUUAACCGUCAUGCCAAAAGCCUUUGGAGAAGAGCUCAGGCGUAUGACAUGCUUGGUUUAGCAAAAGAGAGCUUGUUAGACGCCAUUCUGUUUAUAAAUGAGUGUUCUCAAUCAAAUGAUCCUGAUCUGUCACUGAGGCAAAAUAAGGUUCCUGACUAUGCUGAAAGAUUAGUCAAAAAGCAAAUGCGUGCUGCAUGGCUGUUUAGAGAGGCAGCCAUCAAACAUGGCGGUGUGCACUGUGAGGGUGAUGCUGGUGAGAUUUAUGGGCAAGAAACUGAUGAUUCUGAAUGGGAGACAGCCAGUGAAAGUGAUAUAGGCAAUGAUGGAAGGGAUGAAAUGGGUGACGACGAUGAUGACGAUGAUAGUGAAUGGAAGAAUGAGGGUGAGAGGAAAGAUAAAUAUGACAAACCAUCUGUGAAAGACCUAAAGCAUGGAUACAAUGUGCAGCUCGUUGAAGAUGAACAGUAGAACUCGAAGCUUAUAUCGAAGCAUGUUGGCAACAACAGAACGGGAAAGAUGAGCAAGGAAAGCGUUCAUCAACAAGUACCCUUUCUGAGGUUCAAUUGUCAAAUAUCCUCCCCUUUGUCAUAUAUUGAAGAAAAUGAAAGAUAUUUGUGUCAAAUUCAAACUUAACUUUUAUUGUGAAUUCCUUUUGAAACAUUAUUCCAAUUUUUUUUCAUGUUUAGAAA